AUGGCUGCAUCUCUGGCGCGAUUUGCCUCCUUUUCCCUGGCGCUUCUGUGCAUUGCCUUUGCACCCCGCCACAGCACCGCUCUCUGCAUUCCCAGCGAACAGUAUAUCGACUGCAACUUCCACGCUCUUUCCUCCCCCCACUGGGCUGCACUUUCCAGCGAGUCGGCAGCCCUCACAGCAGCCUGGAAGGCCGCCGUCGCCCAGACUCCAGAGUACCCCUCGGAACGGUUUGCAGGGCGGGGACUGGUGAUUACGGCGACCAAGCUGGAUCUGGUAAACGUGCCGGUGCUGCUGACGACGCUCCAGUCACAAGGGUUUACGCUGCCUGUGGAGUUAUGGUACCCUGGUGAGGUCACUUCUGACAUCGUGAGCUCCCUGUUGGCCACGUACGUCAAGCUUGUAGUCAAAAACGUGGCCAACUAUGCCUCUGACGACGAUCUUCGGAGCAUGGUCACAAGCCAAGGGGAGCGCGCAUUCCAGGUGAAACCUCUUGCAAUCCUGCAUUCGGCGUUCGAGGAGGUCCUCUUCCUAGACGCCGACAACAUUCCCGUGGCCAACCCCGCUGCCCUCUUCCGUUCCGCCCAGUACCAGACCUCCGGCGCACUCUUCUGGCCGGACUUCUGGCAGACCGCCACCGCAAACCCGAUCUGGUCGAUCCUGGGGGUGUCCCCCGGGGGGCAAGAGCAGGAAUCGGGGCAGAUCCUCGUAGAUAAACGCCGCGCCUGGGGGGCUCUCAACCUGGCGUUUUUCCUCGCGAAGGAUCCCCCGUUCCAGAAGCUGGUCAACGGCGACAAGGAGGCGUUCCGCCUGGCGUUCCGAGCGACCGGAACGCCGUUCGCCAUGGUCGGGACGCCGGUGGCCGCCGCGGGCGCGGAAACGGAUUCCGGCGGAUUCUGCGGGCACACCAUGGUGCAGCACGACCCCGACGGGGCGCCGCUGUUUCUGCACCACAACUCGCUCAAGCACGGGGCGGCCGUCACGUGGCAGACAAUGAAAUCGGUGCCAGCUGGCAAGGGAGCGUUUCAGAAGGUGUUCUUCGGAUUUACUGGUUUCACCUUUCCAAAGAGGUUCACCGCAGUCCCGCUCCCCCCCGCCACGAUCAACGGCGAGCCCGUCUCCUGCCUUGACCUCACUGGUGCUGACGUUAUCGUUGCUCCCGAUCCGUUCUCCGCUUUCGAGGAAACAUUUGCGCAACUCCAGGCUGCCGUGGAUUAUACCCUGAAACGCGCCUCCGAGGACGAAUUCACUUCCGUCAGUCUGGCGACUGCGAGAAAGCUGCUCCAGGCCAACGCCCCGGCGCCGGCGCCGGCGCCCAUGCCCAAGCCCACCGCCUUCCUGCUGACGUCAAACGUGGCCACGCAACUCCCGGUUCCCACCCUGGCUGACGUCACCACGCAGCCCCCGGUUGAAACCACGUCCCCCAACCCCCCAACCGUUCCCUCGGUCUCUUCUGACGUCGAGCCCGGUACAACUGCCCCAGGUUCAGCAAACACCGCCCCGGUCCCAACCGGCUCGCUCCCGGUCACAACCGAGUCGCUUACCCCUAACCCGACUACUCUUCCUCUAACCGAAACCACUCUUCCGCCGACCGCAUCUUCUCUCCCUGCGGGCGCUGUCACCGGUCUUCCAACCACCCCCCCGCAAAACCCGGACAUUCCGGUCGUUAUAAGUACUAACCGGCCAACAGAUGUUGUCCAGCUGAUGGGGGGCCCCCCUUCUGACGGGACUCUUGUUACGGUCGAUGCGACGCCCGCUCCCAGCUCGCCGAUUGAAAGCACCGGUGCUCCUGCCCAGGUGACGUCAGCACCGGUGGGGACCGCUCCGGGCAUGACUACCCAAGUGACGUCAGCACCGGUUGGGACCCCUGAACCGGGGCAAACAGCUGCAGUUCCAGUCCCGACGGGAGUAGGCACGACGCAGGGCCCAGUUUUCGACCAAACGCUGACCAUAACCCAGCCCCCGGUUAACACCCAAACCGCGGUCGGAUCUCAGCCCCCAUUCGCAACCUCGGCCCCGAUAGAAACCCCACUUCCGGUCUCAUCCCAAUCGACGUCCCCGGUUGAAACCGCAACCCCAAUCUCAACCCCGGUGCCGGUUACAACGCAAACCCUGCCAGUGGUUGUUACGCAACCUCCGGAAGCAACCCAGACGUUGGUUACAACCCAAUCCCCAGUCUUCACGCAGACCCCGGUCACAACCCAGACCCUAACCACGACCGAUCCUCCGGUUAACACCCAAACCCCGCUGGGAACUGAGAACCCAGUCGUAACCGCAGCCCCAACCCAGUUGCCGGUUACAACCCAAACCCCGCUCGUUACGGAGUCCCCGGAGACAACCCAAUCUCCGGUCACAACGCAGACCCCAUCAACAACAGAAACCCCAGAAACUAGUCAGCCUCCACUUACGACGCAAACCCCGGUCACGACCGAGGUUCCUGAAACCACCCAAACCCCGAUGAGCUCUCAGUCGGUCCUGGUUACCGAAACCCCGGUUACUACUCUGUCUACGAGCCCUACCAGCACUCCAGUCACUUCGAUCUCUCCGGUUCCCUCGCUCUCGCCGAUUCCCACCGUGACGGUCUCGCCCAAGACGCCGUCCCCCACUCUAGUUACCCCCGCCCCGGUUUCUACUCCCAAGCCCACCGUCGCCUUGCUGACGUCACCCUUGACGCCCGUGCCCACCCCGGCUGACGUCGUCACGCAGCCCCCGGUCGUCGUUCCGACCGAGGUCCCCGCUUCGAACGUCGUCAGCCCGAGCACCACGAACACGAUAAGCGUUCCGGGUCUGCCCGGAGAGUUCCAACCGGCCGAAUCCUCCCAGCUUUUGAGGACGGUGAAAUACCUGGAGUCCAUACCCGGUUCUGCCGAGUUUGCGGCCGAGUUUAACAGUCCGACGCCCCAGAACUUUGGUGGCGUUCUUCAGGUGCCUAAAGCGAAGGACUUUACGAACGAUGCCAAGGUGACCAUACCCUAUCAGCUCACCGGAGCUACGGCAGACCUCUGCGGGCCCACGUGCACGGCUCUGUGCCAGAUCGACGACGGAACCCCCGAGGCGUGCGGAGGCACCCAGGCGGUUUCCCAGCCGGGCGACCUGUCAGACGGCUACCACAGGGUGACGGUCGCCUUUUACCCCGCCCCGGAAGCGCCUGCCCCUGUCGCAUUACUCAGCACCUUCUUCACCGUUGAUACGGUCUCCCCGACCAUUUCGAUCGCCCUCGAAGCAGACAGCACCGAGUCCCCCCAGGUCUUCAUCGACGCCUCCACGGGCCAGCAAACCGUCUUCAUAACCUGGGCGACGAUCCAGCCUUUCCCGGGUUACGCGGUUGCCAGCGAACCGAUCGGCGAUCUGAGCCCCGACUCCUUCAACCUGGAGGGAGCCCAGAUUGUGAACGUAAAGAAAGAAGAUCCAACUGGAAGGGCGCGGAGAAGGGCGCUUUUGCAGGCGACCGCGCUGGGGGGGAACUCGUCCGGAACGGUAGUCCCGGCUGGCUCCGGCCCACAGCUGCUGAGAGUUGCGGUUAAUCCCGGGAACAUUUUCGACCAGGCGGGGAACCCCAUCCAAGUGACGUCGGAGGCUGCCUACGUCAUAUACUACGACACUGUUCCCCCCAGCGCCCUCCUGCAACUGGUGAAUAAGGAUCCGAAUGGCGUCGUGUCACUCUCGCCGGACCCGGGGGUUUCCCCCGACCGCGUCGUGACCGUCGUGCUGUCGUUCGACAAGCGAGUUCUGGGGUUCGACGCGACUUCGAUGAUCAUCCAAAACGGGACGCUGAUCGAGGCCGGUCCGAAUGCCGCCACCGCAGACGGCUUUUCGUACGUCUUAACCGUGGUCAUUGACCCGAACGCUAACCUCGUGAUCCAAGCCCCCGCGGACAGCGCUUACAGCAUCGUGGGGAUCGGGAACACGGCGUCCAAUCAGCUGCAAGUGCUCAACUACAACGUUGACCAAAGGCUCCAGACGGGCGUGCGCGCGGCCGCGAUCGCGUCGCUGGGGGUAAUGGCGGCGGGAACUUUCUUCAUCCAGGCGUCGUCGAGCUUGUUCAUUAACGUGGCUUCCAGCUUGAGCCUGUUUGCCGCCCGCCAGAGCCUCAACGCCCCGUUGCCGACGCCCUAUAUCGACGCCAGUUCCGCUCUCUCCUUCUCCCUGAUGCGCUGGCCGUCGCCAUUCGACAGAAUCACGCGCGACAGCCCCAUCCCCUAUACGGACCGCCCACAGGGGCUAAGUUCCGGCGUUCCGUCCGGCGGAACGAACGGAACGCUAGCGGCUACGAGGGAGCGGCUCGGCCGGCGGCUGCUCCAGGCCCAGCUGGGGAACGGAACAGUAAUCAACGGAACGGCUAACAGCAGAACGUCUACCAACGGAACCGCGGUGCCCGGUCCUUUCGACGGGACAAUUCCGCCCGUUCCGUUUAAUCUGUCAACGACGAACCGUUUCAUUCCGGCUAACGCGUCGCUGAUCAACCAGGGUCGUCCCGUGACCUUCAGCGAAGGAAACAUCUCCUACGAGGCGCGCGCCGAAAUCUACAGCCAAGAGCUGAGUGUGAAUACGCUCAACCUGUUCCAUACGGUGGGCCAUAACGGGCUGCGCGGCUUUCUCCGGGCGGUGUUUUGGAUCACCAUGAUCCUGAUUUGUAUCGGACUUCUCCAGCUGGCCUCGAAACCUCUGGCGCGACUCCUCAAACGAGAAGCGGUCCCCUCGUUCCUGGUGUUCCCCGCCCUAGAGCUGACCUUCUUCUCCGUCGCAAUCGUGGCGCUCGCUUACGUCGCGCUGGGAGCGAUCGUGGGUAAAUCGCCAGCGGGCAUAGUACUGGGCCUGGCCGUUCUGCUCCUCAUCCUCGUUUUCUUCUUGUUCGUGCUGUCAAUCCUGUGGCGCCACGUGCACAUGAGCAAGUCGGUCGCUUUCGUCUCCGAGCAACGACGCAGGGGGGCCUCCACGGCUUGGUUCAGAGCCCCCUUCGUCGGUUCGUGGGAGCCGGUAGACUCCGAAGAAGGCGACCUCUUCCGUGCGAAGUACGGGUACUUUUACGCCGACUACUCCGGUCGCCCCUCCGAACUGGUGAACAUCGCCGGGUCGCUGAUGCGCUCGGCGACCCGUAAGGGCGCCCCGACCACUCUGUCCUUAAAGACGCGCUCCCGAAGAAGCGAUUCAUGGUCUCCGGCCGUCGAUUCCAUCGUUUCUGGCGCCCGAGAGGAGGAUUUCGUAGAAGACUUUUCCGUUCCGCUCACCAGUCGUUCCGGCGCGGCACCGGAAGUGGGCGAGGACUUGUCUACCGAGAAGAAUAGCGACUCAUUGCCAGAGGUCAGGAGCGGGCCACUUGCUGACGUCAUUGAAGUCCAAGAGGAGGAGGGGAAGCACGUCGUCCACGUCACACCCGCGGAAGAAAAAGUUGGCGCAAGACCCACGUCGGUCAAGUGGGAGGCGCCGCUCGAGGCGGCGCCCGGCAAAGCGUCCGGGAAACUCUCCCGGUUGCAAAACGUGCGGUCGGUUCAUCGGGUCGGAAGAGUGGGCUUCGCGACGCACUUCCGGCCGGGGUGGAAAAUGAUGUACCUGCUGGUGGUGGCCAUUGAAGCGGCUCUGCUGGGCGCCACGCACGGCGUGCGCUCGUCGUACUGGCAGGUCUGCCUUAUCGUCUCCAUGCGCGGACUUUUCGUCAUUGUGCUGGUCCUCCUUAAGCCCUUCAUCCGCGCGCCCCUCCAGCUGGCCGAGAUUUUCAGCACCGUGUGCGAGCUUGCUGUCGUCACGCUGGCGUUGGCGCUCGUGGUGAAGCAGGACGUCAACUCGAAGGGGCAGCUGCGCAGGAACGAGGAGGCGCUGGGCUACACCAUGAUUGCGCUGCAGCUGCUGUCCAUCUUCAGCGGCGUAGUCAACGCGCUCGUUUCCAUGACACUGAGACUUGUGGAGAACUUGUGCGGCAAGAAGACAGCGCUUCCGGUGCACUUCUAG